AGGAAUGAGCGAGUGGCUGUGUGGGGCUUAGUUGCUGGCUGGGGUUAAACCACAACACCUGGGCAGAGCUGUUCCAUCAUGUGGGCCGGUUUCUGCCAAUCCCCAAAGUCUGUAGUGAUUUUCUUCAAAUUCCGUAAGUAGAGAUUGAGAUUUUAAGAUGACACUUGUGUCUCAGUUAUCAAUUGUUUGAAAGUAUAUUUCUGCAGUUACAGAAAUCGGAGGCAGAGCAAGGAGCGCUGUUAGGUGUACUUGUAGCUAAAAGAACUGUGGGGAGUUGUACAGUGCAAAAUACGUUGGGGCAACUUGCUAGAGAGGCCAGAUUUUCAAAACAGAAGCCCUGUUUUGAGGUACCAAAAUAAGAGCUAAACACUUCCAAAAAUUCAGCCAUCUUGUCAUCUGCAAGGAAGCAUGGUUUGGCAGCUACAGCAUGAAGCAGUGUGUCCACCUGGGCCAUGGAGUUGGAAGUGUUUUUUUAGAACUAUGUUUAAUAAGGCAAUUUUUUUGUCAGUGGAGAGGUCCUUGCCUGUUCCUUAGCUGCUUUCUUAUUCCCAUGGUUGCUAAGCAUAUAUCCCUGCUGCCCCUUUCACUGUCAUCCCCCAUUAAAUUGUGCUGAUCUGGGCCUUGGGGGUGCUUGUUGGUUUGGGUGUUUUGGUUUUGUUUUUAACCUGUAUCUGGUUUAGAAUGUGACACCAAGAACAGUUACAUGAGCAGAAAUGAGGGGUUGAUAAAGAUGGAGCAUAAGGAAUGAUGUCUAUCUCGAGUGCCUGUGUUGAUGAGAGAAAUUCUAAUGUCAGACCAUGCCUUUAAUCUCUCAGUUGUCCAUUUCAUGAAGUCAGGAUAAUACUUGCCUAAUGUAUUAUAAACACAGAGUAAACUAAGCAUAUAUGAGUACUGCACAGUUCAUUGUGGACAUGACAAGAGAGCAGUGGUCUGAUUGAUCGCCUGAUGGUCUCACCACUGUAUUGCAUUGGUUCCCUCCUAGAAUGUUAAAAUAGACACACGUGUUGAACCAGAUGGAAUUAAAUUAUCAUAAACCCUUCUUGGGAAACAGUGGUGCCUUCAAAGCAAUGCAUGCUCAUCUCUUCCAUUAAUGCUAAUGUGCUAGAAUGAUAAGUAAGCAGUACAAACAUUCCUUUGUCAUAGCUCUUAAAUCUAUAUAACGACAGUUUGUUUUCUAAGCCUUCAUGAAGUGUGAAAUUUGCAUUUUUGCAGUAUGCCAUGAUUCGCUUACCUGAAGAAUGCUUUUUAACUGAUUGAAGUAGUUAGUGAGCAUGGGAAGAGAGAGAAGCGAAAAUGAGCUGAAUAUUGCCCUUGUUAAAUAGACAAGGCAAACAAAAACCAGAGGCCCAUCACAAACCUACAAAACAGUGGGUUUGGGUUUUUUAAGGCAAAACACUUAACUAUCUUUAUCUUAACUUCUAUCUUAAGUGAAAAGUUUAAGACAGCAAAGUCCUUUCCAGAUCACAAGAUUCUUCACGGUUCAUCACAUGACUCUUCCUAAGGGUCCCUUAUUCUACAUUUGAAAAGAAACUUUCAGAAAAGGAAGUUAGUGGAGAUGAAGCACAGUUAACAUGGAAACUCCAAGAUCCAGUUUUAGUGCUGGAUGUAUCAUGUGUAUCCAUAUAUUUACAUACAUAGUUUUGUGUGCAUUCAUUACAUAACAUUUUUUUUUCCCUCCCACAGAUAGUGAAAAAUGCCUAAAAAGAAGACUGGUGCUCGUAAGAAAGCUGAGAACCGUCGUGAACGUGAAAAGCAGAUAAGGGCUUCAAGAGCCAACAUAGAUUUAGCCAAACAUCCUUGUAAUGCUUCAAUGGAAUGUGAUAAGUGCCAAAGACGACAGAAGAAUAGAGCUUUUUGCUACUUCUGUAACUCUGUUCAAAAAUUACCCAUUUGUGCACAAUGUGGAAAAACCAAAUGCAUGAUGAAGUCUUCAGACUGUGUUAUAAAACAUGCUGGUGUGUACAGUACUGGACUAGCAAUGGUGGGUGCAAUCUGUGAUUUCUGUGAAGCUUGGGUGUGUCAUGGGAGGAAGUGUCUCAGCACACAUGCGUGUAUCUGCCCUCUCGCAGAUGCAGAAUGUAUUGAGUGCGAAAGAAGUGUCUGGGACCAUGGAGGCAGAAUAUUUGCCUGCUCUUUUUGCCACAAUUUCCUCUGUGAAGAUGAUCAGUUUGAACAUCAAGCCAGCUGCCAAGUUCUGGAAGCAGAGACAUUUAAAUGUGUUUCCUGUAACAGGCUUGGGCAGCAUUCAUGCCUGCGUUGUAAGGCUUGUUUUUGUGACGAUCAUGUGCGAAGUAAGGUUUUCAAGCAGGAAAAAGGAAAAGAGCCUCCCUGCCCUAAAUGUGGCCAUGAAACUCAGCAGACAAAGGAUCUGAGCAUGUCAACACGCUCUUUGAAGUUUGGCCGACAGACUGGAGGAGAAGAUGCAGACGGAGCUUCUGGUUAUGAUGCUUACUGGAAGAACCUCUCCUCCAGCAAGGCUGGAGAUGCAGGUGAUCGUGAGGAUGAAUAUGAUGAAUAUGAAGCAGAAGAUGAUGAUGAAGAUGACAAUGAUGAGGGAGGGAAGGAAUCUGAUACAGAGACCACAGAUGUAUUCAGCAAUUUGAAUUUAGGAAGGACCUAUGCUAGUGGAUAUGCACAUUAUGAGGAACCCGAAGAUUAAGCUUCAUAUGCUGGCAAGCUAAAAAACACUUGGAAGGAGCCAAGCAGUACUUCACUCGUGUUGUGUACAUGCCAGUAGGAUAGCUCUAUCAGGUACUUACAUAUCAAAGUUAGGGAGUAAAGAGUGUGGGACUUCUGCAGUAACUCCAAGUGAUUUUUUUUUUUUUUUUUUUUUUUUUUUUUAAUAAACCAAUAUUGAGUUUGGGACUGGGGGAGAAAACAGGAGUAUUUUUAUUCCGCUAAGCAACCAGGGUGGAUUUGUCCUUGAGUUACUGAGUAUACUGGUUCAAUGCCAUUUUCCCCUAUCAAUACCGGAACAUGGGAGGGCUGACAAUUUGCUUAUCAGAAAUUAAGUUAUUUUUUACAGUAAUUUUGUUAACUGAUUUCAUAAAAUUAAUGUAGUGGUGGGUUGGUGACUGUUUUUUUUUUGGUCUGCACAAUAAAAGUCAACUGCAUUCUCUAA